GCGCGGAGGCCGAUUCGGCCGCGCGGCGGCGCCCUUCUCAUCCCGGCGAGCUUCUCCUUCGCGCCCGGCCGGCCGCAGCCUCCCGGCGAGCUCCUCCAACACACGUGACUAGCCGUGGCUUCUCGGCGAGCUCCUCCCCUGUGCCCGGCUGGCCGAGGCCUCCCGGCGCCCGGCCGGCCGCGGCCUCCCGGCGAGCUCCUCCCCCGUGCCCGGCUGGCCAAGGCCUCCCGGCGCCCGGCCGGCCGCGGCCUCCCGGCGAGCUCCUCCCCUGCUAGUCAGCCAACAACAUUCGAUCUUGGUUUCGGCUCCCGGUCGGCUGCGACCUCCCGGCGAGCUCCUCCCUCGCGCCCGCCCGGCCACGACCUCCCGGCUGCAACGCCAUCUUCUCCACGAGACCAUGGAGCCCCGUCGCUCAUGUCGCCCAUCGGGGACGAAGAUGGCCAUGGAGCCCGUCGGUCCCGCCGCCCAGUGGCUCCUGCCGCUCCGCCGGGCUCCCGCGGUCUCGCCGCCCAGUGGCUCCUACCGCCCCCGCCGCCCCGCCGCUCCCACCGCUCCGCCGGGCUCCCGCGGUCUCGCCGCCCAGUGGCUCCUACCGCCCCCGCCGCCCCGCCGCUCCCACCGCCGCCUCAUCGCUCCUGCCGUUCCCGCCGAGUUCCCGCCGUCCCGUCGCUCGCGCCAUCUGGUCUGAUGGGAGGUGGUUCAUCCGUUCAUGGACGUCUUCCAUGUCACCGACCGCCUCGGUUGCAAGCUCACCAACGACAGCGUCAUCACCUACAUCGAGCAGUCUCUGGGGAUGUGGAACGGGCCAACGCGGCCGAUGGCGCUCGAGGGGUUGACGGCGCUGGAGCUGACAGGGGCCGGCCGGACGGGGCUCAUCUCGGAGGUGUUCGCCGUGCUCGCCGACAUGGACUGUGGUGUUGUGGAGGGCCGCGCGUGGAUGCACCGCGUCCACCUCGGCUGCCUCAUCUUCCUCCGCAACAAGGAAACCGACACCGAGAGGAUGGCACGCAUCGAGGCCGCCUCGGACACCUCCUCCUCGGCGACUCCAUCAGCGCCGGCGGCGGCGCCGUGGCCGCCGUCCCCGCCCCCGCCGUCACGCACGCCGAGCGCCGCCUCCACGUUGGACAAAACCACCUCCGAAACCACCGAGGGAGGUGAUUUGCUCUGGUUUUUAGAGAAAAAGGAGGUGUUAUACCCGGUUUAUUCACACAAGCGUAGGAGAUGAGGGAGGUAAAGUGGACUUAUUCCUCACAAAUGGCAUUGUGGACUAAAACUGUUCACUGGGCCGUAUGGUUUUGACACUGAUUGGGCUACGAUUUGCAAGGAAAUCGUCAUGUUCACUGAGUCUUAUGAAAAGCAAAGCAAACUUCUGAAAAUGAAAGAUAUCAAUACGCCAUUUUCCUAUAUGAUUGUGAGGAGUGACAAGAGAAUGAUAAAUUAAUGAGUGCUCAAGAGUGAUUCCUGAGAAAAAUUACUCAAGUAGUCUACGAGCUCAGUUAUUCCCA